AUGAGGCUCCAGGGGCCCCUCCUGGCCGCCGCCCUGGGAGGUGUGGUUGCUUACCUUGCGACCCAGACCUUCCCCAAACCCCGCAAUUUCGUCAAAGUGACAGACAAUCUGUACAGCCUGACCGAGGUCUGGCACCUGCUGCCCUUCCUGCCCGGCAUGCCCGUCACGGUCAAUCUGGUGCGACAUAGCGGCAACUGGACGCUGAUAGAUGCAGGGGUGCCCACGAGCGGGGCGCUCCAGCCGCUGGCGGAGCGGCUGGUGGCGGCGGUUCAGGCCACCAUUCCAGCAGGAGACGUGCUGGCUGCCAUCGUGUUGACUCACGGCCACUUCGAUCAUGUUGGUGCUGUGCCGCUGCUGAUGGCCGCCUAUCCAGACACCCCAGUGGUGAUGCACCCCGCCGAGGAGCCGUUCCUGGUGGGCGACAGGCGGUACGCCGCCAAGGACAGCCUGUACGCACGCUGCCUGCGCUGGACGGGGCUGGAGAGCGAGGAGGGGCCGGUGCCGGCGCCCCGGGCGCGCCUCCUGGAUCUGUCUGUGCCAGACCUGCGGGAGUAUGGGCUGAGCGACCUGCGGUGGGUGGCCACCCCCGGACACACCCCCGGCCACUUCAGCCUGCUGCACACACCCUCCCGCAUCCUGCUGGCCGCCGACGCCAUCUCCCUCAUCAAGCCCAGCCUCAGCCUCUCCAGCUCCAGCGAUGCCAACGACCCAAGGGUGGUCACCACCUACCAGCCGGUGGCAUCACUGCCUGGGAUCACGCUGCGGGGACGCCCCAACUUCAUCUGUCCUGAAAACUGCGACGACAAGCAGAUCCGCAAGUCGUUCUGCUUGCUGGCCGCCGAGGGCCUGGACUACGAUGUCCUUCUUGCAGCACAUGACUCGGCGGCUGCCCGGGGCGGCGGCUGGGCCAAGGCCGACGUCCAAGCCUAUGCGCGCACCAUGCCAGAGUGCCAGUAG